UUCAGUGGCGUACUGUGUAGUCAGCUGCAACCUUGUGCCCGUGGUUUUGCUGAAAUAUUUGUGUGCUAUUCUCCAGACUGUAGAACUGAAGUCAUGGACCAGGAGCCAACAAUGUGGAUAAAAAAAGAGGGAACAGAUGAAAUAAAAGCUGAGUUAUGUUUCAUGGCCCAAGUUUACCCAUUCAGCAUGAAUGUUAAAGAAGAGUUGGAGGAGAGUGCGAAUAAAGAGACUGUUAAAGAUCCGUUGGGAAUAUCUUGGCCCACUGAUUUUAUCAAGGAGGAUCCCGAAUUAAAUUUGGAAAUGAAUGUAACUGAGAAUAUUGUGGAAACCUCAACAAGAUACACACAUGAUAGUGCAAGAUUGACUCAGAGUACUGGUGGGAGCUGCGGCACAUCACGUGAAGAAACUUGUCACCAUAGACUGGUCCAGGAUGAGUUGGUGACAGACAUGGAGAAAUCAACACACGAGUUUGGUACCAAUACAGAUGAUGUGACUAUUGAUAAGGAAUGCUCAGUUGCCACCCAAUAUGACUGUGCUACGAGGGAAAAGGAAUUACAUGUAUAUAUUUGUAAUUUCUGCCAACAAAGCUUUCCUUCAAAAUACAGACUCACAAUGCAUGUGUUUAUGCACAUUGAUGGCACUCAACCACCUUUGUAUGUUUGUAAGUGGUGUGGUGAGGUAUUACACAGUGAUGUUAGUUUGAAAAAACAUUUGAAAAUGAAAGACAAUGAGCAGCCUUCAUAUAAGGAAACUAGGAAAGCUUCAAAGAAGUCCUCCAACAUGGGUAACACACAAACGGCAAAUUUUGCAGAGAAAACAAGUGAUUAUGGAACUUCAUCUACAGCUGUUAAUAUCAGUGCCCAGGCUGAUCUACCUACUGCAAAAAGAACCAACAAAUGUGAUAUUUGUGGCAAAUUGUUCACUAGGUCAGGUGAUCUCAAGAGACAUGUAUUCAUACACAGCAGGAAAAGGCCGCACAAAUGUGACGUACGUGACAAAUCGUAUGCCCAGUCAGUUCGUCUCAAGACACGGAUAUUAAUUCGCACUGGGAGGAAACCUCACAAACAUGAGACUUCUGGGAAAUCUUAUGCUAGGGAUCUCAAAACACAAUCAUUAAUUCACACCGGAAAGAAACCCCACAAAUGCGAUAUUUGUGGGAAAUCUUUUACUAUGGCAGGGAAUCUCAACAAACACAAAUUUAUUCAUACUGGAAAGAAACCUCAUAAAUGUGAGAUUUGUAUGAAAUCUUUUGCUAGGUCAGACGAUCUCAAGAAACAUGCAUUCACGCACACCGGGGAAAGACCUCACAAAUGUGAUAUUUGUGGGAAAUCGUUUGCUUUCUCAAGCGACCUCAACAGACAUGUAUUAAUUCACACAGGAAAGAAACCUCACAAAUGUGACAUAUGUGGGAAAUGUUUUGCUGCAUUAAGCAAUCUCAAGGCACACAUGUUAAUUCACACUGGGAAGCAACCCCGCAAAUGCGAUAUCUGUGGGAAAUCUUUUGCUACGGCAGCCAGUCUCAAGACACACUCCAUAAUUCACUCUGGAAAGAAACCUCACAAAUGUGAAAUUUGUGGGAAGUGUUUUACUGUGUCAAGCAGUCUCAAGACACAUUUAUUAAUUCACACUGGGAAGAAACCUCACAAAUGCGAUAUUUGUGGGAAAUCUUUUUCUACGGCAGGCAGUCUCAAGACACACUCCAUAAUUCACUCUGGAGAGAAACCUCACAAAUGUGAGAUUUGUGGGAAGUGUUUUAAUGUGUUAAGCAAUCUCAAGACACAUUUAUUCAUUCACACUGGGAAGAAACCCCACAAAUGCGAUAUUUGUGGGAAAUCUUUUCCUACUGCAGGCAGUCUCAAGACACACUCACUAAUUCACUCUGGAAAUAAACCUCACAAAUGUGAGAUUUGUGGGAGAUGUUUUACUGUAUCAAGCAAUCUCAAGACACAUGUAUUAAUUCACACUGGGAAGAAACCUCACAAAUGCGAUAUUUGUGGGAAAUCUUUUACCAGGGCAGGCAGUCUGAAGAAACACUCACUAAUUCACACUGGAAAGAAACCUAACGAAUGUGAGUUGUGGCAAGUCAUUUGCUAGAUCAGGUGAUCUCAGGACACAUGCAGUAGAACACAUUGGAAUGGGACCUCCCAAAUGUCAUAUGUGACAAGUUUCACUGAAUUGGGUACUCUCAAGACACAAGCAUUACUUCACAUCAGAAAGAAACUACAAGUAAGUGUUAGUUUAUACAAAUAGGUUUUCCUGGGUGGUGCCAUCAAGGCCUUUAAAAUAAUGGAUCUAGCAGAGGAACAAUAAGUUGUCACACCUGUGAAAUAACAUUAAAAUGUGGCAGAACUGUAAAACAAAAACGUGCAAUAAUGUGUAGUACAGAGUGGUAACAGGUAAUGUGACAAUAUAAAAAUCCAAAUCUGCAGCUUGAGAUGUCGAGAAAUUGUAUUGCUAAAUAAACGAGGAACAUAAAUCGAAUUUUUUUUGUCAUUAACGCUGCUGAUUUUUCCCCAUUGAUCUUGAGACAUGAAGAUUGUCAAUUGUGAUAAAUCCUUACCUUUGUCAGUAAUCAUAAGUAGCAUUCAAUAUUCAGUAGAAGCCCAAAGCAAUGUUAUGACUUGCUGCUUAUUAUUCCAAACAGUCAUCAUGUAGUACUUGUAACUCUGCAUUUUAGAAACAGUGGCAGCAACAGUGAAUGUGACAAUUACUCAGGUAUGUUUCCUGAAGAGAUUUCCUGUAUGUGUCAUUAAUAUUGUGUACAUUGUUUUGUUAGUACUAAUCCUGCAUUAGUAAACGUAACAACAGAUAUAGCAACCUGCUUAAUAGCAUGUUUGUCCACCUUUGGAACACAAUACAUCGACAGUUCUACAUGAUGUGGACUUGACAUGUCGUUUACAUGUUUCUGAACGUAUGUUGCACCAGAUGUCUAUGCAAUUGUAUUCCAUACAUUCAGAUCAGGUAAAUGGUGUGGUCGACGCAUCGGUGUUAGUUACCAUGCUACUCAAACCACUGUGGAGUCAUUCUGCACAUGUGACAUGGACAGUUAUCAUGCUGAAAGAAGCUUUCACCAAUGGAGAACACAUCAGUCUUGAAAGAAUCUAUGCAGUUGCAACAAAUGUCACGUAGUCUGCAACUGUUAUGAUGCCUUCAAUUACUACUAGAUUUCCCAAAGGAGCCCAAGUGACUGCCCCCAUAGCAUAAUGGGUCCUCCAUCUGGUGCCAUUGACCUAGAUGAUAGCAUAUCUGGAUGUGACAACUGAUGUGGUGUAACAGGAAAUGUCAUCCAGUCUGACAUUUGCAUUGACCUUCAGUCCAGCCUGAAUGAUCCCUUGCCCACAGCAGUUGCAAUUGAACAUUUUGGUGGAUCAGUAUGGAAACAUACAAUGACCAUAUGUUGUGAAUUCUCAUGUUCAACAAUGUACAUUGAACUGUGGGUUCAAAAAUGUGUAUGGCCGUUUUCCGUCAUUACAUAUGCCACAUAUUGCCAAAUUUCCAGCCUUACAGAACAGGCAAGCCUCUGACCUCCAUGAUUUGUGAAGUAUAGAUGUAUUACACCUUUUCAUAAGGUUAUGGUUUUUAUCACCUUUCAGCCACUUUCCACAGAUGUUCUCAAUAGUAGCAUAGAUUCAGCCAAUGAGCUUCACCACUCUUGAGGCACUAUUUCCCAUCUGCAAUGACAUUGUAACUUGCCCUUUGCUAAAGUCACUUAAGUCAUCUUGUUUACAUGCUCGCAUCCCCUCUAAAACAAUACCUUGUUAAUCUCUGGUCUACUUAUAUACUUAUAAUCUGCUUACUGUAUCAUGCGCAUACAACAUGUGGCAUUCAUUCUCCUCAGAGGCAGUGUUCAUGACAUUUAUGCUCAUCAGUGCAUCUUCAGGUAAAUGGGUCAGGUGCGAAAAUGUGUAAUCUAACAUAUGCACUGUGCUUUGUUGCCAUUUACACCAGUGCCGUAUUUUUGUGAAAUUUUUGUUUCACAAAGCUCUGUAUAUGAUUCAGAGACGCUGUAGAUAAGUGUUAUGCACCAAAGCUCUUAAUUAUUUGUUCAGCAAUUAAUACUGUGAGAGUUCUACAUGAAAUAAAAUGUGUAAACAAAUAUUAGGUGUUAUGAUUUGAUUCCGGUUAUUUCUAUAACAAGAACAACUCUCAGAAUAUGAGUACUAAAUACACUCCUGGAAAUUGAAAUAACACCGUGAAUUCAUUGUCCCAGGAAGGGGAAACUUUAUUGACACAUUCCUGGGGUCAUACAUCACAUGAUCACACUGACAAAACCACAGGCACAUAGACACAGGCAACAGAGCAUGCACAACGUCGGCACUAGUACAGUGUAUAUCCACCUUUCGCAGCAAUGCAGGCUGCUAUUCUCCCAUGGAGACGAUCGUAGAGAUGCUGGAUGUAGUCCUGUGGAACGGCUUGUCAAGCCAUUUCCACCUGGCGCCUCAGUUGGACCAGCGUUCGUGCUGGACGUGCAGACCACGUGAGACGACGCUUCAUCCAGUCCCAAACAUGCUCAAUGGGGGACAGAUCCGGAAAUCCUGCUGGCCAGGGUAGUUGACUUACACCUCUAGAGCACGUUGGGUGGCACGGGAUACAUGCGGACGUGCAUUGUCCUGUUGGAACAGCAAGUUCCCUUGCCGGUCUAGAAAUGGUAGAACGAUGGGUUCGAUGACGGUUUGGAUGUACCGUGCACUAUUCAGUGUCCCCUCGACGAUCACCAGUGGUCUACGGCCAGUGUAGGAGAUCACUCCCCACACCAUGAUGCCAGGUGUUGGCCCUGUGUGCCUCGGUCGUAUGCAGUCCUGAUUGUGGCGCUCACCUGCAUGGCGCCAAACACGCAUACGACCAUCAUUGGCACCAAGGCAGAAGCGACUCUCAUCGCUGAAGACGACACGUCUCGAUUCGUCCCUCCAUUCAUGCCUGUCGCGACACCACUGGAGGCGGGCUGCACGAUAUUGGGGCGUGAGCGGAAGACGGCCUAACGGUCUGCGGGACCAUAGCCCAGCUUCAUGGAGACGGUUGCGAAUGGUCCUCGCUGAUACCCCAGGAGCAACAGUGUCCCUAAUUUGCUGGGAAGUGGCGGUGCGGUCCCCUACGGCACUGCGUAGGAUCCUACGGUCUUGGCGUGCAUCCGUGCGUCGCUGCGGUCCGGUCCCAGGUUGACGGGCACGUGCACCUUCCGCCGACCACUGGCGACAACAUCGAUGUACUGUGGAGACCUCACGCCCCACGUGUUGAGCAAUUCGGCGGUACGUGCACCCGGCAUCCCGCACGCCCACUAUACGCCCUCGCUCAAAGUCCGUCAACUGCACAUACGGUUCACGUCCACACUGUCGCGGCAUGCUACCAGUGUUAAAGACUGCGAUGGAGCUCCGUAUGCCACGGCAAAGUGGCUGACCCUGACGGCGGCAGUGCGCAAAUGCUGCGGGGCUAGCGCCAUUCGACGGCCAACACCGCGGUUCCUGGUGUGUCCCCUGUGCCGUGCGUGUGAUCAUUGCUUGUACAGCCCUCUCGCAGUGUCCGGAGCAAGUAUGGUGGGUCUGACACACCAGUGUCAAUGUGUUCUUUUUUCCAU